AUGGCUAGUGUAUUCUAUUUCUAUGGACAAGAUCUUUUGUUUCUAUUGCAAGUUAUUCAAGACUCAAAAACCACAAUGAAACUUGAUCAUCUAGCUGACGAAGGAUACAAAGAUUGGAAGAAUAUCAGUCGAUGUCUCAGUCUUCAUGAAACUAGUAAAGAUCAUAUUGAUUGCAUGACUAGUUGGAUUGAACUAGAAAGAAGACUUCGAAAGAAAAAGACAAUUGAUGAAAAUAUACAAGUAGCAAUUAACAAAGAGAGAGAACAUUGGGAACAACUAAUUGAAAUGAUUGCUGAAUUUGAUCCAAUAAUGGAAGAGCACCUUCGGCGUGUUCAAGAAAGACAAAUUCAUUACAUUUAUCUUGGACCUAAAAUCCAAGAUGAAUUGAUACAGAUGUUGACGGCUGAAGUAAGAAGUUCAAUUGUUGCAAAAAUUAAACAUGCAAAAUAUUUCACUGUCAUACUUGAUUGCACUCCAGAUGUAAGUCACGAGGAGCAGAUGUCCCUUGUAAUUAGAUGUGUGGAUGAUUUAGAAAAUGCAAUAGCGGUUGAAGAAUUUUGGAUUGGAUUUUUGAAAGUUAAUGAAACUUCAGGACUUGGGCUUUUUACAUAG